CAUAUUGAUUUUUUUUAUUACAGGACAGAAUACUUCAAGAAGUUGGCAGUGGUAAAAGGAACGUUUUGGCUGUUUUUUAUUUAUAAUUUCUGCGUUUUCACCUAAAAAAUAUGGUUUGGAAUCCAAAAGUAAACAACUGAAAGUGUGAGUCUUUUGUUUAAGAGUGAUUUCAGCAGGGAAAACGUAAAAAUGGAACACAAUGAAGAUCACACUGUCGUCCCGAAAAAAUCGAGCAAACAACACAAUGUUCUGCCGUUGUGGGGCAACGAAAACUCGAUGAACUUGAAUCCGCUGAUAUUGGCGAAUAUUCAGAGUUCGAGUUAUUUCAAAGUGCACUUGUUCAAACUGAAGACUUACCAUGAAGUGGUCGACGAGAUUUAUUACCAAGUGAAGCACCUGGAGCCGUGGGAACGGGGAUCGAGGAAGACGUCUGGUCAGACGGGCAUGUGUGGCGGGGUGCGUGGUGUGGGCGCCGGUGGUAUUGUGUCAACAGCGUUCUGCCUCCUUUAUAAACUAUACACGCUGCGCCUAACACGUAAGCAAGUCAAUGGACUCCUGAGCCACACCGACUCACCCUACAUUCGGGCACUAGGUUUUAUGUACAUAAGAUACACGCAGCCGCCCGGCGAUCUGUACGACUGGUAUGAGGACUAUUUGCUCGACGAGGAAGAGAUUGAUGUGAAGGCCGGCGGAGGACAGAUAAUGACAAUCGGCCAAAUGGUCUACCAAUUUCUGACAAAGCUGGAUUGGUUUUCAACCCUAUUCCCGCGUGUCCCGGUGCCUAUUGAGAAGCAGAUCGAGAAGAAGCUUGCGGAAUUCUCAAGGACAAAUAACGUUAACUUCCACAAAUUGCAUCAGCAAACUACCUCGGCGGCGCCGGCACGAGCCAUGGGCAGCAGCGGCGGGAGUGGGAAUGGUGUAGGUUCCGGCGGUAGCGGAAACUACAGCGGUCGCGCCGGCGGCAGUUAUUUGGAACGAGAUCGUGACCGUGAACCUUACGACAGGAGGAGAACGGACGAUCGGGAAUUCCAUGCACGAGAACGAGAAUCUCGGUACAACUUCCUUCGAGAUGAUCGACGUGAUGGUCGCUACGAGCGAUCGCGUUCCAGAGAUCGGGAGUAUCGUGGCGAUCGUGAGAAGCAUAAGAAAAAGCACAAGAACAGAGAUCGUAGUCGGAGUAGAGAAAGGCGAGAGCGCGAGUAUGUACGGGAGAGGAGUGUGGAACGGUAUAAGGAACAUCGUGACUAUGAUAGGCGCUAUCGCUAGGAACGGCAACCGACAUUACUUGGUGGGAGCCGAGUUACUACCAUUGCUAUUGUUUCGAAGCACAUACGUUUGUCGUCUGGACAGGAUCAAUAGUACCACGCAUUACUCGUAUUACGGAUUUAGUUUAUUCUUUUUUUUAAGAAAAUCACAAAGUUUAAAUAUUAAUGAAAACACAACUUUUUCCAAAUAAAAAUAGAAUCAUGAAUUGUUUUUACCAAAAUUUACAAA